UUCUGUUGUGAAUGCGACUUAAGUCAUCAUGGCUACAAAUCGUGCUGAUACAUUAGACCCAGCACUUCUACGUCCUGGACGACUUGAUCGUAAAAUUGAAUUCCCAAUGCCAGAUCGUCGUCAAAAGCGUCUCAUUUUCUCAACUGUUACUAGUAAAAUGAAUCUCAGCGAUGAUAUUGAUUUGGAGGAUUAUGUGGCACGACCAGAUAAGAUAUCUGGUGCAGAUAUCAAUGCAAUUUGUCAAGAGGCUGGUAUGCAAGCAGUUCGAGAAAAUCGGUAUGUCGUUUUGGCGAAAGAUUUUGAAAAAGGGUACAAAAAUAAUCUGAAGAAAGAUGAACAGGAACUGGAAUUUUAUAAAUAAUACAAUUUUUCCGUCUUAUUGAUCACAAAAAUAAAAGUCUAUAUCAUUACCUCUGAUAACUUACCUCGUGGUACUUGUAAAUAAAUAAACCAACCUAAAACAAAAUCUUUCUCUCUAGCGUUAUUUAUGGUAUACUUUUCAUAUUAUUUCACUAUUAGUUGAGAGUAAAACGAGUUGC